GCAAUAAUUAAACAAAUCAGUUAAUGAACGACAAAGGAUUCUGUUUCGAUAUGGAAUUAACCUAUUAAUAAUUUUUUACUAUCCGUCGGCUAUAAACUGCCGUUGUAUUUUUAAUAAUUUAUCAAAAUCGAUUAGGUACGAGGUACUACGACGCCGCUGGCGUCACUCAAAACCCCCCCGAAGUAAAGCCUCUACUUCAAGUCAAUCCUCUCUCUGUGUAUGUGUACACUCCCUAGCCGCGACAUCUGGAUUAACCGACCAAGAAGAUGUUGCGACUUCCUCUAGUACGAACAGCCGGACUGUCCACAGGUAGACUGGGAGUUGCUGGCAUUCAAACAUCAGCAAACAAGUGCCAAGCUGGUCAAGAUCUGGUGGAGCUCUUCAUCGAUGAUAAACCAGUGCAAGUGCCACCUGGAACAACUGUUCUCCAGGCAGCUGCCAAAAUUGGCGUUGAGAUACCGAGAUUCUGUUAUCAUGAGCGAUUAGCAGUUGCUGGUAAUUGCAGAAUGUGUCUUGUGGAGAUUGAGAAGCAGAUGAAGCCUGUUGCAGCCUGUGCAAUGCCAGUGAUGAAAGGCUGGCGAGUUAAAACCAACUCAGACUUGACUCGAAAAGCUCGUGAAGGUGUAAUGGAGUUUCUUCUGGUGAAUCAUCCCCUAGACUGUCCCAUCUGUGAUCAGGGUGGUGAAUGUGAUCUUCAGGAUCAGAGCAUGGCAUUUGGAAAUGAUCGAAGUCGUUUUACUGAUAUCGAAUUCAGUGGUAAACGCGCUGUAGAGGACAAGGAUCUUGGCCCAUUGGUAAAAACAACAAUGACUCGUUGUAUUCACUGCACCAGAUGCAUUCGCUUUGCAUCAGAAGUCGCUGGUGUUGAUGAUUUGGGCACCACUGGACGUGGAAACGAUAUGCAAGUGGGGACGUAUGUAGAGAAGUUAUUCAUGUCCGAGUUAUCAGGAAAUAUCAUUGAUUUGUGUCCCGUGGGAGCUUUGACAAGCAAACCAUACGCUUUUGUGGCAAGACCCUGGGAGACUCGUAGGACGGACAGUAUUGAUAUAUCUGAUGCAGUUGGCAGCAAUAUUGUGGUAUCCAGCAGGACUGGAGAAGUCCUGAGAAUUCUACCGAGAGUUAAUGAGGAAGUCAAUGAAGAAUGGAUAUCAGAUAAAGCUAGAUUCUCUUAUGAUGGGCUGAAACGUCAGAGACUCAUCACUCCUAUGAUGAGAAUCAAUGGUAAAUUGGAAAAUGUUGAGUGGGAGGAUGCCCUGAUAGCUGCAGCUCGUGGCCUUCAGAAUAUUCCCUCUGGUAAAUGUGCUGCUAUCACUGGAAAAUUAACCGAUGCUGAAGCGCUGAUGACGAUGAAAGAUCUACUCAAUAAAUUGGGUGGAGAAGUACUUGCUACUGAACAAAAUUUUCCCAAAGAGGGAUCUGGUAUUGAUUUAAGGAGCAAUUAUCUGAUGAACAAUAGAAUUCAAAAUGUUGAAGAGGCUGAUGUUGUCCUACUUAUUGGGGCUAAUCCCCGGUAUGAAGCGCCAUUGGUUAAUACGAGACUGAGAAAGGGAUAUCUUCACGGAGAACAGACUAUUGGACUUAUUGGACCGAAGGUCGAUCUUACUUAUGAUUAUGAGCAUUUGGGGCAGUCAGCCAAUCUACUGGAACAACUUAAAAGUGGUCAACAUUCAUUCAGUGAAACUCUGAAGAAAGCGAAAAAACCAUUAAUUAUCCUCGGGGCCGAGCAGUUAGGGCGAAAGGAUGGGGCAAAGAUACUCGCGACAGCUCAAGAAUUGGCAAAAUCUCUUGGAGAGACAACAAAGGCUCCAGCUGAUUGGAAAGUUUUGAAUAUUCUCCACACAAAUGCAUCCCAAGUUGCUGCUCUGGAUAUUGGGUAUGGAUCAACUGUAGAAGAUGUUAAGAGUUUACAGCCAAAGGUACUGUUCCUCCUUGGUGCUGAUGACACCAACAUUACAAGAGAAGAAUUUCCAAACACAUUCAUAAUUUACCUAGGAAGUCAUGGAGAUCGUGGGGCAACAAUAGCUGAUGUUGUCUUUGCUGGGGCUGCAUACACAGAGAAAACAGGCAGCUAUGUCAAUACCGAGGGCCGUGCACAGCAAACUGGUGCUGCAAUAACACCCCCAGGAAUGGCACGACCUGAUUGGAAAGUUCUUCGGGCACUUGCGGAGGUCUCUGGAAUUGAAUUGCCUUAUGAUACCAUUGCUGGCGUUCGAUCGAGACUUGAAGAGGUUGCUCCACAUUUAGUCCGAUAUGGUGAUGUUGAACCAGCGAAUUUCUUCGCCCAAGCGUUAGAAUUAUCAAAGAAAACUGGAGGUUCGUUCCUUCAAGAUCCAGUAGACGUAAAGCAAAAAUCCCUUGACCAAUUCUUCAGGACUGAUGUAAUAUCUCGAGCCUCUCCAACAAUGGCUAAAUGCGUCCAGGCAGUUCUCAAGGGCCGUCAGCCUUGUUCCACCUAGAAAAGCUGCUUCAACGAUAAUUAAGCAAAAUCUGUAAAUAGAUAGGACUCUGUUGUGGCUUAGUAUGAUUGCGUAUUUAUAAAUGAUCAUUUUUUAAUUUCAAAUUAUCAUUAGAAUGUUUCGGAGGAUGUUUCAACUUCUGUAUGAUGUAAUCAUCCCCAAUAAAUGAUUAAAAAAUGAUAACAGA